CUUGGACGGUCAUACCUCCUCGCGGUGCCCUUACACUACCGCCCUCGACCGCCACUACGCUGAUCUUUCUCGUCAGCGUCGUGCUCAGUCCCCCCCCGGCGCCUCACGUCCCCACGGCACCUCCUAGCCAUGGUGCAGUGUACACCUGCGCCCUCCUCAGUAGUGGGCUUCCCGACAUCUCCGUCGCAGUUCACCCCUCUCGCUACUGGUGUUGAGGUAUCGCAGGACUCGACAGAGUGUACUCAGCCCUCUGUCGCAGUAUCGUCUGCGCCUCCACAGACCACCGUCUCCCCUCCUUCCCCGCCGCGACUACCGACGCGUCGAGCCAUUCGCUCAGCCCGUUGCAGCGAGCAGCUUGCUACUCGCGAGGACGUUGUGUCCUCUCUUCUGGACUUGAGCAUGCUCCAGGCUCGUCAGGAGCGACUUACCCUCMAUGUCRCUGCACUGCGUCGCCUUCUCGCCAUCCUCUCURACCCUGAUYGCACCCUCCYGAUCAUCCCMAUACGACUCGGGACCUCCASGAGGGUGUACUCMRCGCUGUGGGAUUCCGGUUCUCAGGGCGACUUCAUUCACCCACGCGUGGUGAAGGAAGCCCGCUUACCCACGACAUGGUCUCCGACUCCCAUCUCCGUUACCCUAGGGGAUGACAAGACCCAGCGCUUCUUCGAUCAGACGGUCAUUAACCUCUCCUUCUUCCUCACUCUCGAGCCGACUGAUCGUUCCUCGGCGUCUCGUCGCCACCGCUCCUCUGCACAUUUCAAUGUGAUGGAGACGGGGUACGACUUCAUUCUCGGCACUCCGUGGUCUCGUCAGUUCCGCAGCACCGAGGCCGAUUGGGCGACCAACACUCUCGUUCUCAAAACAAAGUGUGGACAGACGUAUCACGUACCUUUCAUAGGUACCACGGCGAUACCACGCCCCGAUCCUCCUCCCCCGGAGCCGUCUGUGCCCACACCAUCCCCCUCGAUCACCGUCACCUCGCCUCGGCAGUUCGCUCACUUCAUUCGACAGGACGACGUCACCUUCUUUAUGGUGGACGUGACGGAUCUCUUACACUAUGAUCCACCCUGUCCCGACGCCGAGGUCAUCCCUCUGGAGUCAGAUCCUCCCUCUAUCUCCAUGACUCCCAUCUCUACUUCCGUCCCUCCGCCGUCCGUCGAGUCCACCCCGCCGUCGGGCGUUGACGCUGACGCUGAGGAACUCGCACGAUAUACGGCUGACCUGGAGCACGCAGUCCGCGACCUCAUCCGAGAGUACCACGACGUUUUCCCAUCGUCGUUCUCGUACGCCGACAUCCCACCGAUGCAUGACGUCGAGCACUCCAUUCAGCUUGUGCCUGACUAUCGUGUUCACCACCAGGCACCCUACAGACUCUCGAUUCCCGAGGCCACCGAACUCAAGCGUCAGCUUGAGGAGCUCCUGAGACUGGGUUUCAUUAAACCCAGCAACUCCCCGUGGGGUGCACCCGUCCUCUUUGCUCGCAAAGCGGAUGGAACUCUCCGUCUCUGCAUCGACUAUCGCGGUCUCAACCGCUACACGGUUAAGAACAGCUACCCCAUGCCUCGUUCCGAUGAGCUGUUCGACCGCCUAGCAGGCAACUGCUUCUUUACGAAGAUUGAUCUUCGUAGCGGUUACCAUCAAAUCCAUGUCGCUGCAGCCGACCAGCCGAAGACCGCGUUCCGAUCGCGAUUCGGCCACUACGAGUUCACGGUGAUGCCAUUCGGCCUCACCAACGCACCCGCUACCUUCCAGAGGGCGAUGAACGACAUCUUCAGGGAUAUCCUGGAGCAGUACGUUCUCGUCAACCUCGACGAUAUCCUGGUCUAGAGUCGUACCCUUGAGGAGCACCUCAGACACCUCCGCGACGUCCUUGACCGCU